AUGGCAGCCACGCCCGACGCUGCGCGCGCUGCGGACUUCGUGGCGCCCCCGGAGGGCUCCACUACUGUCGUGGCGGAGCAGUCCGGCCCGCAGAGCCUGACGUUUGGCAGCGGUACUGCCGGCCAGCAGGCACCCGCCCUGCGCGAUGACGCCGCCAGCGGCCUGCCCGAGGGCAACCAGUGGCGCUACUCUGAGUUCAUCAACGCCGUUCAGGGUGGCAAGGUGGAGCGCGUGCGCUUCAGCAAGGACGGCAGCAUGCUGCAGCUGACUGCCAUUGACGGCCGCCGCGCCACCGUGGUGCUGCCCAAUGACCCGGACCUGGUGGACAUCCUGGCCAGGAACGGCGUGGACAUCAGCGUGUCCGAGGGCGAGCAGCAGCUGGGGCAGUGA